AUGUAUCUAUCUCUCCUUUUGUCUAUUUCUCUUUCACUUUCUCUCUUUCUCUCUCUCUACCUUUAUUUCUCUUCUAGUGUCUCUCACUUUCCUUCUCCGUUUCUCACUCUAUUUCUUUCUUAUCACGGUAUACAUAUUUUCCAUAAAUGUAAUGCUUAUACCUUUUCUCACUUUCUCUCUCUCUCUGUUUCUCUCUCUCUCUCUCUCUGUCUCUCUCUCUCUCUCUCUCUAUAUAUAUAUAUAUAUAUAUAUAUAUACACUAAUUCUCUUUCAUCCUCUCAAACUCUCUCGCUCUCUCUCUCACUCUCUCUCUCACUCUCUCUCACUCUCUCUCUCUCUCUCUCUCUCUCUCUCUCUCUCUCUCUUUCUUACACUUCUGUUUGCUCUCAUUUAUUUUUCUCUUUUUCCGUUCUCAUCUCUUUCCGUUUCUCUUGGACUCUUAUUUCUUCCUUUUCACCUCCAUCUUUGAUACUCUCCUUCAAUACACAAUGCGCUUCUCAAUAUUUCCCCUCUCUCUAUAUAUGUUUCUUUCUCACUUUCCUUCUCCCUUUCUCGCGUCCUCUUUGA